UUUUGCUGCUUUGUUUCAGAAUGACCGUUGUUUCACUUGCUCGACUCACGCUUCCGACAUUGUCGCGGCGGCUGCUCUCCACGACCGCCAUUCCGUCCGCCGCUGCUGCGAGCAGUGGAUCGGCCAAACCACUUCCAAAGCUGAGCUUUUUCACCAAGGAUGAAUGCUCGCUCUGCGUACCAGCCAAGGAAGUCAUGUACAAGUGUCAAGCUCAGAUCCCAUGUACCAUCGAGUUUAUUGACAUCACACGCCCAGAAAACGCAACGUGGUUUGAAAAGUACAAGUACGACAUUCCAGUUCUGCACAUCAACGACCAGUUUGCCAUGCAACACCGAUUCGAUGAAGCCAAGCUCAUGGCCGCGUUGAAACAAGCAGCAGAGUCAACCAGCUAGAUGGUCGUGUCGAUGUGUAUCGAAGAGGAGCCAGUCAAACCUUGUACAACAGAAAUGAAUGAAUGAAUGGAACUUUUUUUUUGUUUUGUUUUUCUUGUUCAUCGCGAUGCCCAAUUUUUCAC